AUGUGUGAUGGGUAUGAUAAUUGGCGAAAUGUUCAAAAAUUUCUUGAAAAUCAUGCGAAAAAAGGAAAUCAUGUUUUGGCAAUUAGUAUGUACCUAAAUAGAAUGAAACUAUCAGAUAGAAUAGAUAGUGAAUUAGAAAAACAGUUAACUGAAACACGCGACUAUUGGAAAAACGUAUUAAGGCGCAUAAUUGAAACAAUAUUAUUUUUAUCGGGACGUGGUUUACCAUUUCGAGGUUCAGACGAACACUUCGGGNGGGACGUGGUUUACUAUUUCGAGGUUCAGACGAACACUUCGGGUCAAAUCUACACGGAAAUCAAGGGAAAGGACACACAUCUUAUUUGUCCAAAACUAUUUGUAACGAAUUUAUUGCAUUUAUUGCAAAAAAACUCGUACAAUGAUUAUAGAUCAAUUAAAAAAGCCGGUUAUUUUUCAAUAAGCGUUGAUUCUACUCUUGAUAUUACCCAUAUGGAUCAAUUAACUAUUAUUUUGAGAUACGUAAAUAAUGAUGGACCAGUAGAACGUUUCAUUACUUUUAUUCAUAUUACAAGUCAUACUGGUGCAAAUCUUGCUUUGUGUUUACUUAACUUUUUGAAAGAAAAUGAUAUUAACAUAGAAAAUUGUCGUGGGCAGAGCUAUGACAACGCUAGCAACAUGAGCGGGACUUAUACUGGUAUGCAAGCAGAAAUAAAAAAGAGCAAUUCAUUUAUUGAUUAUAUUCCGUGUAUUGCACAUUCGCUGAAUCUCGUUGGACAAUCUGCUGUAGAUUGUUGUAUUGAAGCAGUUUCAUUUUUUGGUUUUGUCCAAGAAGUUUACAAUUUUUUUUCCGCCUCUACCCAACGCUGGGAUAUUUUAAAAAAAACUUUAGUAAAAAAUUGUCCACUUCCUAAAUCCAAAUCAGUUACUAGAUGGAGUGCAAAUGCUGAGGCUUUAUUAUCAGACAUUUCAAUGGACAUGAAAAUGGAAGACAUAGAAGAAGGAAUGGAUAAGUUAUUAAAAAGGUAUUCAAAAGAUUUCCCUGAUGAUUUUAAAAAUGAGUUUCAACAGUUUCUAAGUUUUUCGUCAACGUCUUUAUCAUUAAUUACAACGAACGAAAAUAAGAAGAAGAAUAUUUUGCUUAACAUGUAUAAGAUGAUAGUUGAUUUAAAUGUGACUGAGAGUUUUCCAAAUGUUGAACGAUCUUCACUAUCACAAAAUAACCUACAAAAUCUUGGAAUUUUAAGUAUUGAAAGUGAAUUUGUAAAAUCUCUAGACUUUGAAGAUGUGAUCAAAAAUUUUGCAAAUGAAAAAGCUAGAAAAAAAGAAUUAUGUUUUGAUGAAGGGGAUAAACAAUUAGAUAGUUGCGACGAUGACAGUGACUAA